GUCCUGGUUUUUCACCUUUUUUUUUUAAGGAAGAGACGGAGCGUCGAGGUGACAACAAUUUCUACUUUUUAAUUCCUUGCAUUUCUUAGUUUGGGGUCUCUCUUUCUCUCUCUCCGAAUAAUAUAAAGAUAUACAGCUAAAUAUUUGUAUUUUUUACCUCAGUUUUCAUUUCACCAGAACUCAAGAUGGGGACAUGGACAGAAGAUCAAGAGAAAGUACUCACUGCAUUUUGUCCUGAUGAUCAGUGUAGGGCCAGCCUUUUCUUUGACGAGUCCAGCGAGACAGUUGAAUGCCUGUUAUGUGGUCAGUUUCACGAAAAGCACACAUUAAAAGAUGUUAGGAAGGUUUCCGAUUUAAGUGAAGUUUUGAAAUUCCUUCGACCAAUGCUUCAGGAGAAACGCACCGAGGAGACGAAAGUCAUGGGUAUUUCCAAUUACGUAUGUAAGCUACUGUCUCCCCUUUUCACACAGUAUGGGUUGGACAGGAAUACACAGAAGGCAAAACUGUUAAGUGAAAUGGGUCAUGGAAACACGUUCAAUUGCAGCCGUCUCAGCUCCCAUGCAUUUCACAUUGACCCUGCCCAUUUGAACAUACCAUAUUAUGGUACUGACUGCUCUGGAAGUCUCACUUACCUCAGCGAAACACUGAGUAUUAUCAAAGCUGCAAAUGACAACGAAGAAAGACUAGUCCCCAUUCACACUGACGGAGACGGCCACUGCCUGGUCUAUGCUAUCUCUCGGGCCCUGAUUGGCAGAGAACUGUUUUGGCAUGCCCUCCGAGAAAACCUUCGCUGUCACUUUCUAGAAAAGCUGGAAGUUUAUAAAAUGCAUUUUGAAGACUUCAUUCAUCCCCUUGAGUGGCAGGAAAUCAUUGCUGAGUGUGAACCAAACUUUGUUCCCCUUGACGGUGAACCCCUCGGAUUGAGGAAUAUUCAUAUUUUUGGACUUGCGAAUGUUUUGAAAAGACCACUUAUUCUUUUAGAUUCAAUCAUUGGAAUCAGAAGCUCAGGUGACUAUUCAGGGGUUUUUCUUCCAGCUUUCUGUGAUCCUAGUGAAUGCCGGGGAAAAGACAGUAAGCUGAACAAACCUUUAUGUAUAGCUUGGAACAGCCAAGGACGAAACCAUUACAUUCCUCUUGUGGGGAUCCAAGGAAAACCUCUUGCUCGCCUACCAAAGACUCUUUUGCAGAAGGCAUGGGGCAUGCCCAAUCAUCUGAUCUCUGAUUACAUAGAGUUUGAUGAAAAUGCCUGUUGUAUUGUCGGGGGUGAUAAACCUCUUUCGGAAAAAUAUAUUCAACAAUUAGUGACGGCAAUGAAGAAAGUGUAUCAAGAGGUCCAUAGUAUUAACCCAUGUUUGGUGGCAGAUGUAUUCCGGUUCAUAUUUAAAAAAUCUGGUGUUGUGGGUGUCAAGCCAGACACGGUGAUCCAGACAGCUAAAAUAUUAAUCCGAGAUCGUCAUCUCUAUUGGUGUAUCAACUGUGAAGCUUUAUGUGAAUUCCAUACAGUGAAAAAGUCAUUAGGUGAUUUGAGCCAUUCCUCUGAAUCAGCCAGAGGCAACCAGCAAUUCCAGUUCCAUGAUGAAAGAAAAGAUGUCCAACCUACAAUAAUCUGUUCCUGUCAACAUAAUGUUCUCCCACACUACAGCAUAAAAGAUACCAUUUUUCCCAGACAGCCAUUUUGUUCUCAUUGUAAAUCACGACAUGUCCGCCUGGUGGACAGCGACGGUACCAUCCAUUUUCUGAAUGCUGACCGUACAAUGUCAAAGUCCAGUCGGAGUAAAUGUGGCUACAGACACUACUGGAAUGGCAGAGAAUAUGACCACCUCCCUGAGAUGUAAGUUAGAAAGGAAUUAUUA